UGCGUCGCCCCGCCCCCUCCGUACGCACGCCGGGAAAAAGGGGGUGGGGGCACGUUUGCGUCCCCGCCAUCUCUGCCCGGCUGUGGCAGCGAGGUCCGGUUUCGGUGUAUGGUUUAUCCUGCCAAGCGGUUCUGCUUGGUCCCGGCCAUGGAAGGCGUGCGCUGGGCCUUUUCUUGCGGCACUUGGCUGCCGAGCAGAGCCGAGUGGCUGCUGGCGGUGCGAUCGAUCCAGCCCGAGGAGAAGGAGCGCAUUGGCCAGUUCGUCUUUGCCCGGGAUGCUAAGGCAGCCAUGGCUGGUCGUCUGAUGAUAAGGAAAUUGAUUGCAGAGAAAUUGAAUAUCCCUUGGAAUAAUAUUCGUUUGCAAAGAACUGCAAAAGGAAAACCAGUCCUUGCAAAGGACUCAUUGAAUCCUUAUCCCAAUUUUAACUUUAACAUCUCUCAUCAAGGGGACUUUGCCGUGCUUGCUUCUGAACCUGAGCUGCAAGUUGGGAUUGAUAUAAUGAAGACUAGCUUUCCAGGUCGUGGUUCAAUUUCAGAAUUCUUUCAUAUUAUGAAGAGAAAGUUUACCAAGAAAGAGUGGGAAACAAUCCGAAGCUUUAAGGACGAAUGGAUUCAGCUGGAUAUGUUUUAUAGGAAUUGGGCACUGAAAGAAAGCUUUAUAAAAGCCAUUGGUGUUGGACUAGGAUUUGAAUUACAACGACUUGAAUUUGAUAUAUCCCCAUUAAACCUGGAUAUAGGCCAAGUUUAUAAAGAAACUCGUUUAUUCCUGGAUGGGGAGGAAGAAAAAGAAUGGAUAUUUGAGGAAAGCAAAAUAGAUGAACACCAUUUUGUUGCAGUAGCUCUUAGGAAACCCGAUGGAUCUAAACAUCAGGAUGUUCCAUCUCAAGAUGAUUCUAAACCUACCCAAAGGCAGUUUAAGAUUCUGACCUUUAAUGAUUUAAUAGCAUCUGCUGUUCCUAUGACACCUGAAGAUCCUUCAUUUUGGGACUGUUUCUGCUUCACAGAAGAAAUUCCAAUACGAAAUGGUACAAAGUCAUGAUAUGAUUCCCUAAGUAACAAAGAAAAGUGAAAACUUUGUAAUUUUCUGUAUUCACUGAAAAAUAAAUACCUAAUGAUAAUCAAAUUUUGUUUCACAAAACAGUUAAAAAAACUUUUUCCUAAUAAAAAACCAGACUUCCAGUUCAGGAUCACUCACUAGAACACGUUUACCUCUUCUUUCUCCCCCAAGUCACGUUGAAUUGACAGAAAUAGUAGAGAAGGGUGACAGAAUCUUAAAUACAUACUAUUUAAAAAAAAUAGAAAAUGCAGGUAUGCAAAAUGGAAACAUUUUAGAUCCUACCUUUGAGAGACAACUACUCUUAUGACCUUGUAUAUCCUUUUAGGCCUUUUUCUUGGCAAAUGAAUUCUCUCAAACAGUUAUUUUUAAAAAAGGGGAGCAUACUGUGUUGUUUUUUUUUGUUUUUGUUUUUAACUUAACUGUGCAUCUACUGUUCAUACAUAUCGAAUAUGCUUCUGUGGCAUAACUUCUUUUAGUGGCUGUAAAGUACUGUGUUGAAUGGCUGUAACAGUUACGAUGCUUUUGGUUGGAGGUAACGAUGUCCAAAUGUAAUUGGCUUAAACAACCAAGGACAUUUAUUAUCUCACAUGAAACAGCUCGGAAGUGUCAUUAAGGAUAGUUUUUUUGGCUCUGCCAUCCUCAGUUUGUUGGUUUUGCUUUAGGCCUGUCCCCCUCGUGGUCACAGAGGCGGCUCCUGUAACUUCCAACUUCACAUCCUAAUGAAAUCACAUCCAAAAGGCAGGAAGGACAUUUCUUCUCUCACAUCUCAGUUUUAUCAGUGAGGAAGAUUUCACCUAAGCCCUCAGAAGAUUUCCCCCUCAGUUUCCCUUGACUGAGAAAACCAAUAUCUAACGUUAUUAGUCUCUGUGUGGGAAGUGGACUCUGCUGGUCAGAAGAAGUGGACUCUGCAGGGGUGGGAGAAUGGCAUUGAGGGGAAGCCCCACUGCCUGGCGUAAGGAAGGUGUGCCAUAAUUUACUCACUCUUUCCUCCCAUGUUAGACAUUUUGAUUGUCUACGGUUUAUUACUAUGAGCAGUGGCGCAAUGAAUAUCUUUGUAACCAAAUUUGAGGUACAUGCUUAAUUAUUUCCUUAAAAUUUCUAGAAGUGGAAUAGCUGGUUCAAAGGACUAAAACAUUUCUAGAACUGUGAUAAACUAUUGCCAAUUACUCUCCUCAAAGGCUGUACAAUUUACACUUCCAGUUAGAAGUAUAUGAGUGCCCACCCCCACCUACCCACUCCCUGGUUAAUGUAAGUAUUAUCUUUUUAUCUUUUUUUGUAUUUAAUCUGCCAAUAUAAGUGAAAAAAUGGUAUCUUAUUUAAUUUGUAUUUCUUUAUUAAUGAUGUUAAUAUUUCAGUGUUGUUAUUGGUUGUUUGUAUUCCUUUUUUAUGAGCUGCCUGAUCAUAGUCUGCCUAUUUUUAUUUUCACAAAUAGGACUUAAUUUAAAAUUGGUGCAUAAUGUGUAAGAUGUCAGGACCAUCAUAUUGAUGACAGAAUCUAUUGUAUGGUUGUAAUGCAUGUCUUGGGGAGUUAAAGUCUUAUUGUUAAAUACCAAGAAGUAAAAUAAUUUCAUUGUUUCUAUUACUAAAAUUAAAAAUUGUGUGUAGGUUGUAUAAAAGUAAACACCUUGCUUAGUAAAAAAGAGAAUUAGAAUGUUUUAUAGUUUUUAUUAUUAAGCAUGUCCAAAUAUUCUAGGCAUAGUAAAUAUGUUUUUAAAAAAAAAAAAAAAAAAAAA